AUGGUGUUGCGUCUUUGCCGCUUCUUGACGCCAUCUGGCGGCCGUUGCGUCAACUUUUUCCUCCUCCUCUUAUCCGCUAAUUCGAUCUUGAUUGGCCUUGUCGGCGGUCAGCUGCCAGAUCAACUCGAUCCGUUCCUCGAGAAGUUGUUCGAGUUUGAAGAAUGCGAAGACUUCCUUGGCUCCACCGACUACACCAACAUUGCCACCUCAAAAUGUGACCCUCACACUUGUGACUUCCCCCGACAAAUCUGUGCUCGACCUGCUUCAAAGUUCCAGGACACCUCAGCCAACACCUGCAGAACUAUUCCAAUCGAGUGUAUCACCGCGGCGAAUGGCGGAACUGCUCCAGGUCCAUCGAUUCGUCCAACACCAUCACCUUUCAUGCCACCACAACCUUCACUUCCAAAUGUGAUCUCUCCAAUGAUACCGUCUCCCACAGCCUCUGCCACACCGUCACCUACUGAUCCACUGGCGAUUUGCAAAAUGGGCGUGCCAAACGGACGCUUUUGCGGGUUUCGGCCAAUGUUCACCUAUAACAAAGAGACGUUGCAAUGCGACGAAUUUUGGUUUCCGGGAUGUCGGACGGCGGAGACGAAUGCAAAUUUGUUCGAGGAUUAUCAACAGUGUCAGAAAGUAGCGGAUAUGUGUAAACCCACCCCUCCACCAACUCUUGCUCCAUUCCGCCCUCGUCCACACACAACUCGUCGUCCACAUCCGCCACCAACACCUCCUCCACCACCACCAACUCCUCCUGCACCAUCUCCAUUCGUCGACGCCUUCAAAUCAUUUGGAGGCAACAGUCAAGCCGGACAAGGUGCUCUUGGAGCCCUCGGCAUGUUCACUGGAAGCGGUCUAGGAGAAACUGGUCAAGGCCCUCUCGGUAACUUUGUUCCUAAUCCAAACGCUGGAGCGGCACCAAUGGGAGCCGGCGGAAAUGGUGGUAACGGAGGAGGUCCAGAUGGACAAGAUCUUGGAUUAUUCGGGUUGAUUCAACAAGGAAUAAUGGGUGCUCAGGCGGCUGGGCAAGGUGGAAAACCUGGGAAAGAGGCGACUGCGAAGGCAGCUGGACAGAUACUCCAACAAUUCACUGGUUUUGAUUUAGGAGGAAUUGGAAAUAAUUUCGGAGGACUUUUCGGAAGAUAA